AAUAGCUUAGGAGUUACAUUGGUUUUUGCAAUAUGGAGUAGUUUAAUUCCAACUGUAUCUGUAGUUCCUUCUAUCCUCCCGCGACUCUUGCUUUCUCUUCCCUCCACUACUUCCAUACGGCUCCUCUAGAUCUUUGUCUUCGCCUUCAAUGCAAAUCUCGUUCCACGUUUCUCACAUUCAAUCCGGAAUUCAAAACCCCGUGAUGUAUCUUCAACCCCAUUUCUUUUUCAGUCUCAAUCCGUUGUUUUAGACCCAGAAACAGAAGCGACCCAAGUCAGGAUGACCGGGGGAGUCGCCUCCGCGGCAGGCGGCCACCGCGCACCGGUCGCACUGUUGCUCGACCUCGCUCAUGACAUUGUGGGGAUCUCCUCUGGGAAUGGUGGAGACGGUUGUAGGGGUGACUUCAAGAAGGAUUGCACGGAUCUGGUGCGGAAGGUUGCUCUCUUGACGCAUUUGAUGGAGGAGAUCAGGGAUAAUGGGGCUGUUGUUAAUGCGUCGACGUCCUGUCCUUCUUCUUCCGCUUCUUCGUUGACUUCUGAUUGGUGGUCCGAUCUGUUGGUGGCCCUCCAGGCUGCUAAGCGCCUCCUGUUGACGGCUGUCAGCUUCCAUUCCAUUGAUUCAUCCGAUGGACCUGCCAAGAGAAUUUCCUUCCAAUUUCAAUGUGUAGCAUGGAAACUGGAGAAAGCUUUGGGGAAAAUCCCAUAUGAGUAUUUUGACAUCUCUGAGGAAGUUCAAGAGCAGGUUGCAUUGGUAAGGGCACAAUUGAGAAGAGCCACAGAAAGAUACGGGUCUUUGAAUUCAAGAAAGGUUUUUAAUUCUCUAUUCCAACCAUUGGAAAAAGAAGCCUGUAAGACUAAUCAUGAAGUUUCUUCAAAGCUGGAUGAUCUUCCAGAAAUUUUUGGUCCACGAGGAGAUGGUUCUGAUAAGGAUAUAAAGAGAUUGGAGAGAGUGAAGCGGUCUUCCAUGUCUUCUGAGGUCUGUCCAUCAAAUGAAAUUGAUGCCAAAAGGCAAGAGAAUUUGGUCACCAAGGAUCCUGUAGAAAUCAAGAAGUCUGAUGCACUUCUAGUUCCCAACGAUUUUCUGUGCCCUAUAUCUUUGGAAUUAAUGAGGGAUCCCGUAGUUGUAGCUACAGGACAGACAUAUGAGAGAUCUUACAUACAGAGAUGGAUAGAUGGUGGGAAUUUAACAUGUCCAAAAACUCAGCAAAAGCUGGAUAACUUGACACUAACCCCUAAUCAUGUUUUAAGAAGCCUGAUAAGUCAGUGGUGUUCUAAGCACAACAUUGAGCGGCCUAGAGGAUUGGCAAAUGGAAGGAUAAAGAAGAAUGAUGGGUCUUUCCGUGAUAUUAACAGUGACAUGGCUGCCAUUCAGGCUUUGGUACAUAAGCUCUCAAGCCGGUGUUCUGAGGAAUGUAGAGCUGCUGUAGCUGAAAUCCGAUUACUAUCAAAAAGGAGCACAGAUAACAGGAUACUAUUUGCAGAAGCUGGAGCUAUACCUGUUCUGGUCGACCUCCUAACAGUAGAAGACAUUACCAUUCAAGAACAUGCAGUAACAUCCAUUCUUAACCUUUCUAUAUUUGAAAAUAACAAGUCACUAAUAAUGCUUGCUGGAGCCAUUCCUUCAAUUAUCCAAGUUCUCAGGGCUGGAAGCAUGGAAGCAAGAGAGAAUGCAGCAGCAACCCUUUUUAGCUUGUCACUUGCAGAUGAGAACAAAAUAAUAAUUGGUGCAUCAGGUGCAAUAUCAGCUUUGGUAGAUUUGCUGCAAAAUGGGAGUCUUAGAGGAAAAAAGGACGCUGCCACAGCCCUAUUUAAUCUCUGCAUUUAUCAUGGGAAUAGGGGAAGGGCUGUGAGAGCUGGCAUCAUCAAAGCAUUGCUGAGGAUGCUAACAGAUCCAAGGACUUGCAUGGUUGAUGAGGCUUUGAUAAUACUGUCAGUUCUUGCCAGCAACCUGGAAGCAAAGAUUGCCAUGGUAAAGGCCAGUACCAUACCUGUUUUGAUAGAUCUUCUAAGAACAGGUUUGCCCCGCAACAAAGAGAAUGCAACUGCCAUUUUAUUUUCUUUGUGUAAGAGAGAUCCCGAGAAUCUUGCCUGUAUAAGUAGGCUUGGUGCUGCCAUACCCUUGACGGAACUUGCUCAGAGUGGCACAGAGAGGGCAAAGCGUAAGGCCACUUCAUUGUUGGAGCAUCUUCACAAAGUAAACCAGCAUUAACAGGUUUAGUUGUAUUGAACUCUUGUAUCUUUAUUUAUUUUUUUCCUUUUCUAUAUGGAAUGUGAGGAGAUGAGCAUGAGAUACAAAGCCAUUCUCAUUGCUCUUUGUAUUUAUUUCCUUUUUAUUCUGAGCGUAAAAAUAUUCAUUGGAAUUUGUUUUUUUUUUUUUUUCAAAUAAAGUUCAUCGUUGAAG